AUGCCUCAGAACUCUGAAAAUGCUUCUUCGGGGAUGCCUUCCCCAUACGGCAAUCCCGUAGCCAUCAAACACCAACAAGAAGCCAACCCUAAUUUGCCUGACCACCGCUACCAAGUUUUCCAGAAAUCUCUGCUUGAGCAUGAAUACCAUCACGAGGAGGCAUUCGUGUCUGCAAGUCUCACACGCCUUCAUCAUGGAGUCUACGAUGCGGAGAACCGAUUGAGUCUCUAUGGACCUCCGCCACACAAACGUUACCUUUGUAGCCAUAACUUUUGUUUUUCAUCCCAUGCACUCGAAUAUCGGGGAGAAGACUACAAAUUAACCGCUGAGGAUUAUCAAUAUGCUCCACAUAUUGCUUUUGGCCGAUAUUCGACGGAGAACUUGCACUGGACUUUUUCCUUAGGUGCAACUCUAGGGGUCUCUACGCCAGCAACUGCAACGGUCACCCCAUCCACUGAAUACGAUAGAUCAAAAGUCAUCGGUAACAUGUUAAAGAUACAGGGUUCAACUCGAUCUGUUGAAGGAAUGCAGAGCAGCAAACUUCUUUGGUCACUUGAAGAGAACGAACAGCAGUGCACUGGGCUCCCUCGAGAAUUCACCUUUGUCUUCUUGGUUGAACAGCCGGUAGCUAAAGCACCAUUCUCCUUGCAGAUUGGAAUUAAGCCCGUCUUCUCAAAUAGUCUCAAAGCUACGAGCUUUGGCACCGAGAUCACGAAGAAGUCUGACAUAUUAUCAGAUGAAGUUGGACAAGUGUUUUCCAGCAGUCCAUAUGCAUUCAAUUUUGCUACCAUGCUUGGGCGAUUCGAAGAUUUAGUGGAGCUACCAGGAAACGCCUCGAGCAUUCAAGAUUACAUUGGUACUACUUCAAGUGUCCCCGGUGCUACUCCACCAUCUUCAUAG